UUUUUUUUUUUCUUUUCUUUUGCUAUUGUAAUAAUAAUGCAAGCUAGGAGAGAAUGUCAUAUUUCGGAUUGUGAAGAUAAUGACGAUGAAAGUGAAUGGAGCUUAAAUACAUAUGAAAGCAGUAGCUCAGAGAAUGAUGAAUAUUCAAGUGACGAGUAUAAAGAUCAUUACUUUGACCCAACGAAAAUCACAACUUCACUUCCACUUUUACCUUUUAAUAAUCAAGUUGGAGGACAUGCACCCUUUUUUCGUUUUUCCAAAAGAGCUAUUUGUAAGCCAGUAACUGCAAGAGAGCAAGUAUUUUAUGAAAACAUUGAUGGCCAACAUCACGAAUUACUACCAUUUACAUGCCAAUACAUGGGUGUUUUAAAUGUCACUUAUCGUUCACUAGAUAAUGCUUUAGAUCCACCUGUACCAGAAGUUUUAUUUGAAAAAAACAAGCAUUUAUUACGUGAUUGGCAAGCUUGUGCAUUUAAGAAACAUCAAAGGCAACAACAACAACAACAACAACAAUGCUAUAUAGGUCGACGCCAUUCGUGUUCACCUGAAGCUCACGAAUUACUAAGGGCAUCAUCAAAUAACCGAUUUCGUGCCACACGAUCUAGAAAAUUUCAAGAACAAGUCUUGAAGGAAGUCUUUUCUCCUGAAGCACUUAGAGAAAGACUCAUGUUGGCAGAAGAUUGGAAACGUAAAAAUCGAUUAAUGAGUCACGAAGAAAAGUUGAAACCUCUUAAAUCAUCCCCAGCUAUACCAACAACAGCAACAGCAGCUGAUUCUACUUUUACUUCAUGGAAUACAAAUGAGUCCAAAAUAGCCCAAAGUUACUCUGAUCAUCAUUUAAAUAAAGAAAAAUCGUGGAAAGAUGAAAAUCCAAUUUCUCACGGAGGCAGUUCUGCACCUGUCAUGAUGUCUGGAUUAAGUUUUUGUAACUUGGAAAAACUAAAUGUAUUCUCCUCAUCCGAUUUUAUUAGAAGAAAUUCAGGUGAUAGAGGAGAUGGAUUUGGUGAUGAUGACAGUAUGACUUUGACAGGCUCGAUUGAUCACAUGACAUUAGAACCUAGAAGACCGUCUAUGAUCAUUUCACCUUCUUCUUCACCUGAUAUAUGUACAAAAAAUUCACAGUCAUUGAAUGAUCAUGAUAGUACCAAUCAUGACGAAGGCGCUAUUUUUACUAUGGAUGAUAUCGAUAUUGGAAAGAAUUCAAGGAGAGAAAAGAUCAGUAAGAAGAAAAUCCCUUUACUUCAAGUGGAUUCAAUUUGCCUUAGUAGUAGUAGUAGACAGUCAAAAAAUAAUAAUAAUAAUAAUAAUAAUAAUAAUAAAACUUUAGACACUAAUAAUAAUAAUAAUAAUAAUAAUAACCCUAAUAAUAAUCAUCAUCAUAAUAGUCCAAGGCCACCAGAUAAUCCUUGGUCACUUCAAAUAUAUAAUCGCGAUUUACAAAAGAUGCGUAAUCGAAAGCAAUCCACGUCCUCAGACGAAGUAUCACAGCAAAAUAAUGUUCAGAAAUAUAUUUUAAUUGAAGAUUUGACUGAUGGAGUUAGAUAUCCUUGUGUUCUUGAUUUAAAAAUGGGGACUCGUCAAUAUGGUGUUUAUGCUACGCGUGAAAAGAUGAAAAGUCAAACAAUAAAAUGUGAAAAAUCCACAAGUAAAGUUUUAGGUGUUCGUGUAUGUGGCAUGCAGGUCUAUAAGAAAAAUUCAAGUGAAUUCAUUUUUCAAGAUAAAUAUUAUGGUCGAACUUUAACGCCUGUGACUUUUCGUGAUACUUUAGAAGCCUAUUUAGAUAAUGGUCAAGGCUGUCAAAUUCAACAUAUACCCGUUAUCGUUCGUAAGCUUCGACGACUGGCAAGAAUCAUAAAGAAAAUGGAUGAUUAUAGACUCUAUGCCUCUAGUCUUCUCAUGAUUUAUGAUGGCUCCCCUACGACGACAGAUACACGAAAGAAGAUUGAUGUCCGUAUCAUUGAUUUUGCUAACUGUGUCACGGCUGAAGAUGUUCAAUUUCGUCAAGACGAAUUUACUUACCCGCCUCGUAAUAAAGGUCCCGAUAAUGGUUAUUUGCUCGGUCUCAAGACACUUGUUUUAUGCUUUGAAUGGAUUUAUAGAAAACAUGGAGGUCUCUCGGAGGAUUUAUAUGUACAAUCUGAUAACGUAUUUGAUGAUAUUUAUGAACCAGCAAAUGAUGAAGUUCUUUCAAGUAUAUUACUUUAAUAUGUAGUUCAUGUACAUACUCUUUUUUUUUUGCGCAAUACAGUCUUUUUGAGAAAGAUUUCUUUUUUACAUGUAUAUUUAUAAAAAGAUAUAUAUAUAACGAAUUCCCCCCCCCUUUUCCCCUCUUCUUUUCUCUCUCUAUUUUCUAUCAUAUCCAUUCACUCUUUUUUUUUUAAAAAAAA